CCACACGAGCCCCCUCUGUUUCUCUCUCUCUCUCUCUCUAGAUUUUCUAGUCAGUUCUGCACUGUCUCUUUCCUCUGUCCGCUCGCUGCUCACUCUCCUUCGAGCUUUUGGCCAGCCAAAAACCCAAAAGCAAGCAGCACACAGAGAUGGCGACCCUCUCUCUCUCCUCCCCGAACGCGCUCUCUCUCUUCCACCGCAUCAGCAAGAAGCCUCAGCUCCUAUCCCCGAAACCUCAGCUCGUCGGCGGCGGCGUCCGCGACCGCACGUCGCUUCUCUCGCACCGCGCGACCUCCUCCUUCGCUUACAACCCUCUCAGAUAUGCGGUCGAGCGCGAGGGGACGGCUUUGACGAGGAGGAAGAUGAAGAGGGGCGGAGGCGUUGGUGCUGUUUGCUAUGCCGCACCUCUCACUGCCCGUAAUAUCCAGUGGAUCUCCGCCAUCUCUUCCGCGGUACUCAUGCUUGCAAAGGGGACUCCUGUUCAGAAGUCCUUUCUUGUUCCGCUGUUUGCUCUGCAAGCACCAUCCAGUCUCAUUUCAUGGAUGAAGGGUGAAUAUGGCAUUUGGGCUGCCUUCCUGGCACUUCUUGUUCGUCUUUUCUUUUAUAUUCCAGGUGAACUCGAGUUGCCAUUUAUGGCAUUGCUACUGGUGAUUGUGGCUCCUCAUCAAGUUAUGAACUUGAGGGGAACGCAAGAAGGUGCUAUUAUUGCAGUGUUAAUAGCAGUGUAUCUGGGCUUUCAGCACUUCUCCCGCACCAGCUUGCAGACAUCAUUCGAGCAAGGUUCAAUUGUCGCCACCAUAGCCAUCAUUUGUAUUGCAGUUGCCUCACUGUUGUUUCUAAUCUGAACUUCAUGGAAAAGGUUACAAAUAGAUAUGUCAUGUGUUGUGCCGUGAAGAUUGUAAAAUAAUCAUCAGUCUGUGUCCUGGGAGAUGUUCCAUACAAUCAGGGACAGUAUAGUUUUCUAAGAUAGGUUGAGCAGUAUACAAAAGCAGAUUUUUUUUUUUUCUUUCUCUAUGUAAUUGAAAAUUUUUAAUGUUUCCCAUGGACUUUGGACUUCUUGUAUAAGGAAUAAUGCCUUUGCCUCAUCGAUCAGAGAUUUCAUCUCUUUUCUUGU